AUGGCGGAUCUUCCGAAGGAGCGGCUAGACGGUUCUCAUUUUUUUGAGAUCACAGGCGUCGACUUUUGUGGCCCUUUUUUCUACAAGCCAGAGGCACGCAACAAGGCUCCAAUCAAAUGCUACGUCUGCGUCUUCAUUUGCUUUGCGACUAAGGCUGUUCAUUUGGAGCUGAUCAAGGAUUUGUCUACAGUCUCCUUUCUGCACGGCCUAAAGCGGUUCAUAUGCACAAGACGAAGGCCGCGACAAAUUUGGUCAGAUAACGCAACCAAUUUUAACGGCGCCAGGAAUAUCCUUUUGGAUCUAAAGCGCCUAUUUCUCAGCGACGACCAUCAGAAGGCGGUCCUGGAAUUUUGUUUGGUUGAGGCUAUUGACUGGCACUUCAUACCGCCACGCUCCCCGCACUUUGGAGGCCUGUGGGAAGCUGCAGUGAAGACGGCCAAGUAUCACUUCUAUCGUGCUAUAGGCACCUCGGUGCUUGGAUUUGAAGAACUGCGUACGCUGUUAUGCCACAUCACGGCAGUUAUUAAUUCAAGACCCUUAGUAUCGAUUUCAGAGAAUCCUGCCGAUCUUGACGUUUUAACUCCAGCUCAUUUCUUGAAUGGCGGACCUCCUGCUUCGUUCGCUGAGCCUGACGUAACUCAGCUAAAAUUCGAUCGCCUGAACGGAUGGCAGCGCGUUUCAUAUUUGCAGAAGAUCUUCUGGUCCCGAUGGAAGGAAGAAUACAUCACUUCACUGCAACAGCGCUCAAAGUGGCGCACGACGAAGCCUAGUUUGGCAGUCCGGCAGCGUCUGUUCUGGCGGCUGUCUCCCGCUGCCUUCGUGUUGCUGCUGCACCUGCUGCGGUUAAGCAGCUCUCUUGCUCUACUCGGCUCAGAAGCCGAGCCUAACUAUACCAUAAUGCUCUCACGCUCUCGUUAUGCAUAG